AGCCGGCGGGGCCCCGGCGCGUUUCUCCCCCUGGCCCGGGCAGGGUCCCGCCGCCUGGCGCGAGGGCCCCGUUCCCAGCCCGGCUGCCCCCAUCGCCCGGGCUUCCUCCCGCCUCAGACCCCGACCUUCCUGCGCCGGGCCGGGCCCGCGGCCGCUUCUCCCGCCGGGCUGCUCCGGCCACACUUCGUGCCGGGCGGCCCGGGCCCGGACCCGGGCCCAGGCUCGGCCCCUUCCCGCCGCCCGGGAGCGAGCCCGGCCGUGCCGCGCCGAGGCCGGAGCGUCAGAAGCGGGUUCCCAGCCCGGAGCUGAGCGCGGCCUUUCGGGGGCUUUCCCCGCACGGGCUUGUCGGAGAAGCGCCGUCUUGUAAACCCGUCUGUGCAGAAAAGAGGAGCUGCGCGUCCUUCUGUUUUGGACUGUAUUUUAGACUUACUACACAAACUUUUCUGGAACUGAUGUUUUCAUAACGCUUCAAGAGUCGCUGAGAAACUAGUUGCUGGAAUGCUUUAGGGGGGAAAAAAACCCAUGAGGGUGUGGAAUUACUUUUAUUGAAUUGGUGGAAUUAUUUCUAUCCCGACCAAAGAAGUAAUUGGAAUCAUGGAUCAGAACAACAGCAUACCACCCUACGCCCAGGGGUUAGCAUCCCCUCAGGGUGCCAUGACUCCUGGAAUUCCAAUUUUUAGCCCAAUGAUGCCCUAUGGCACUGGACUGACACCACAGCCGGUCCAAAGUACCAACAGUCUGUCUAUUCUGGAGGAACAGCAGAGGCAGCAGCAGCAGCAAGCAGCACAACAAUCCACAUCACAGCAAGCAACACAGGGAACAUCCAGUCAAACGCCGCAGCUCUUCCAUUCACAGACUCUUACUACAGCUCCUUUACCAGGAACCACGCCACUCUAUCCCUCUCCAAUGACUCCUAUGACCCCAAUAACGCCUGCAACACCUGCAUCAGAGAGCUCCGGGAUUGUGCCACAGCUGCAGAAUAUUGUGUCCACUGUGAAUCUUGGUUGCAAACUUGACCUAAAAACUAUUGCGCUUCGAGCCCGAAAUGCUGAAUACAAUCCCAAGCGUUUUGCUGCUGUCAUCAUGAGAAUAAGAGAACCACGUACUACUGCACUUAUAUUCAGCUCUGGAAAAAUGGUGUGCACAGGGGCGAAAAGUGAGGAGCAGUCCAGAUUGGCAGCAAGGAAAUAUGCGAGAGUUGUUCAAAAAUUGGGCUUUCCAGCAAAAUUCUUGGAUUUUAAGAUUCAGAACAUGGUGGGAAGCUGUGAUGUGAAAUUUCCUAUCAGAUUAGAGGGAUUGGUACUUACACAUCAACAGUUCAGCAGUUAUGAGCCAGAGUUGUUUCCUGGCUUAAUCUACCGAAUGAUCAAGCCAAGAAUUGUCCUGCUUAUUUUUGUUUCUGGAAAGGUGGUUUUAACUGGUGCUAAAGUCAGAGCAGAAAUUUAUGAAGCAUUUGAAAAUAUAUAUCCUAUUUUAAAGGGAUUCAGAAAGACGACGUAACAGUUUUUACAUACAUCCAAAGAAAUUUUUGGGAUACAUUUCAAAAGGUAUUGAGUAUGGAUGGCACAGUAGUAACAAGAGAUGGACUUUCAGUUACAAACUGCAACACCAAGACUCAGUGUUUUCCAGUUAGUGCCUACUUCCCUGAUACUCAUGGGAAACUAUUAUUUUUAUGGAUUAUGUCUACUGAGUUACAGUGAAUUGCUUUAUUGAGCUGUUCUUGGAGCACCUCUUUCAAGUUUUAUUUAUAUUUUAGCUUUUGAUUAAUUUUAAUGUCAAUUCUUUUAGGCACCCACAAAUUGGUAAGUUGGUUUGAGAUAAAUGCAACCAUGACACCCCAAAUGUAUAAACCACUUCAAUCGCUGUUUUAACUUUUUCAUAAAUGUUUUUUAUAAUCUUACUUCAGAAGUUACUUUUAAAAGUUUUUUGUUCUCCAUUUGUAGAAUUUUUUUUUGCGCCAGACAUUCCCUUUUUCCAGUGUUCAGCAGGACAGAAUAAAUUUAUUAAUGAAAAUGGCUGGCUGUAUAUAUUCCUCUUUUUUGGGAAAUGAAUGUCAUGUUUUUUCAGCUCUAUAUGUAUAUUAAAUACUGUUUAUAAAACUCUAUGGGAAGACCCUUAAUGACUUUUAAAAAGUAACCCUGCUUGACCUUUGCUGCUGUUAAUGUGGUAAGUGCAUGCUGUAGAAAUAUGUAAUGUACUGAAUACUUGAGUCUUUUAUAUAACUUUCUUAAUAACAAGCCAGUAUUAAAGCAGUGCAUUUGC